AGCAACUGCAGUCGCUUUAAGCUAAAUAACCUCUUCACUGACAUGAUUAUGUUGAUCACUGGGGGAACUAUACAAAGCAAAACGUUUUUUGUCAUGGAGAGAAUCCUAAUUGGAUCAUGCCUCAUUUUCAAUAUAAUAAUCGCUGGAACAUUCCAAGGAUCACUAACUACCUCAUUCAGCACAAAGGCUUACGAAUCCGAAAUAGAUACAUUGGAACAAUUGGACAAAAGUGGACUGCCGAUUGUAUCGUCGGCUAACACAAUUAAAAACUUUUUCGGAACAGAUAACCACACAGUCAGGAAUUCGCUUCAGAAAAAGUUUUUCAUUGAAAAUAUCACGGCACUUCGAGUAACAGCUGAUGAAAGAAGAAUAUCGACAGUGGAACGGUCGUCUGACAUACGCAUUAUCAUUGAGACGACCUAUGAAGAUGGUAAUGGCAAGUCGUCAUUGCACGUUGUUAAAGAAUGUCCGCGUGAUUAUCAUUUGGGUUAUAUUGUGCGAAAAGGUUGGCCAUUCUUUGCACGCUUCAAAGACACACUUCUAAGGUUUUUUGAAUCAGGUAAAGCUUUGCAAUAUUUUCAACCAGCAUUCAGUUAGCUAGACGUUCGUAGGAUUUUUAAUGAAAUGGUACGUUGAGGUGGAGAACUGUUUGAUCGCACAAGCAGCAACUAAAAAAAUUGCCGACAGUCCAAUCUUUUCGUUUAAUCUGGAAGAUAUGCAGACUGCAUUUUAUAUAUUAGGAAUUGGAUGGCUGACCUGCUUGGCAGCACUUGCACUGGAGAAAUUAUUCCCUGAGUUUAGUUACUUUUAGAUUUAAG